AAUAGAUAAGCAUGCCAUUGACGAGUCUGGUCUAUUGAAAUCUACGUCUUUAGGCUGGCAAUUGCUUUACAUUCUCGCUGUUGCAAUUACUUUUGCCAACUUUUUCCACCAGGGCUUCUGGCAGCGGUCAUUUUCUUCUAAAAAUGAUCGGGAAUUAUAUAAAUCUACGAUUUAUGCAAGCAUCAUGUUAUUCCCAACACUGUUUCUCAUCGGAGUGACUGGCUUGCUUGCUGUUUGGGCAGGAUUAUGCUGUGAUGAAAACAACGUGGGAGCUUUUGCAUUUUUUUCGUUGCUUGCCAAACUGCCUGACUGGGUGGUGGGCUUUGUGAUAAUCCUAUCCGUCGCCAUGUCAUGCAGUGCUUAUGAUACACUGCAAAGCGCGAUGGUAUCGACAAUGUCCAAUGAUUUAUUCCAAAAUAAGUUACCUUUGUCAGUUAUUCGAAUUACUGUUUUCGUCAUUAACGUUCCCGCCGUUGUUCUUGCCCUUAAGAACGUUGACGUUCUGCGAGUGUUUUUAAUCGGCGAUUUGGUUGCCGCGGCAACUAUGCCCCCCGUGAUGCUUGGUCUGGCCGAUUCACUUUAUUUCUUGAACUGGUUCGACUCAUUAAUUGGUAGCAUUAGCGGGCUAUUAGGAAUCUUCAUAUUCGGGACUAUCUUUUAUGGGAACGCGAAGGAUGGGGUCAAUCUUAUUCAACUCCCGGAUGGACUAUACAUCGAUGACUAUUCCGUCCUCGGUGCAUUCAUUGUUGCACCUGUAGCCGCGGUACUGAUGACGUUCGGUAGUUUUGUCGCUAGAAUGGGGCUUUUGUAUGUGUGGGCUAAAUACAAAAGAGAAGAAUUCAGAUUUCCAGAAAAACAGCCCUUGGAUUCAAGGAAAUAUGCGGGAGAGGAAUUCACGAUGGCUGCAGAGGAAUCCUUACGAAAGGAUAAUGUUGAGAGUAGCGUAGUUGAAUGA